GUGCGCUCACGUUGCAAUCAAUGUUGGCUCUCAAAAUAUCGAUGUGCGUAUAUAUCGAAAUUUCCCCAUCACUCAUCAAAAUCGCCGCGUUUGUUUAUUACACUGUAAUUUGUUUACAUCAGCAUGACCAAGAGCAAAAAACAACUGCGCGAGCAACACGCGGCCCGCGAAGCUGCUGAAGCGAACACAGCGAGGCUAGAAACAUGCAACGAUGCGUACACGAGCGGUGCAUUCCAUUACCUGCGUUUCUUGGUCCAUCUGCUAGCAGCGGCACAAUUCUCGUAUGGCAUUUACUACUAUUUAUUCAAAUUGUAUUGGCCGAAGGGUCUGCACGAGGAAGAGGAGCUAAAGACGCGAUGGGGCGGCAAGUUCAAGUACCUAACAUUCCUCGAUGUCGUCCUACAGGCAAUAUAUCACACCGUGGCCCUUUUAAAUGAUCUCUUUGGCGACAACUCAGUCACCGGUGUGUCCAAAUCGUUGUUGAGACGAUUGCGAGAUUACUUCUUUGCCACGUUUGCAUUCCCUAUAGCGCACAAUGUGGCCACCUCAUUUUGGGUCAUCUAUUUGUGGGAUCGAGAGCUCAUCUUUCCUGCUGAACUCGAUGCCAUUUUUCCCAGUUGGCUGAAUCACGUGGUUCACACGAAUGUUGCCCUUUUGGCCAUCAUGGAUUUGUUCACCUGCUUCCGUCACUACCCAAGCCGCUUGGCUGGUGUCACUGGCAACGCCGCGUUCAUGAUUCUUUACGUUAUCUGGGUGCAUAUCGUUAAAUACUUCAGCGGAGUUUGGGUUUAUCCACUUUUAGAGGUGCUGUCAAUGCCCCUGCGUUUUGUAAUGUUUGGUGGCUUGGUAGGAUUAAGUUUGGUAUGCUAUUUCGUCGGCGAAUUCAUCAACAAUAUUGUGUGGGCACCGGAGUUUAAGCUUCUGCAUCAGAAAAAGGUUAAACAGGGUUAAGAAAAAAAACAAUUGACUCCAUUUACAAACAAAGUAGAGAUUUGCAUAUUGUCGUGUUUGUUGUUGUUCCCAAAGAUACUCAGUUAUUUGUAAAUCAGGAGAUUAACUUAAGCAGACAGUUUUAGUAAAAUUCAUAUUCUGUAAAAUAA